AACCAAACGGAGGUGAGUGAAUUUAUCUUGAUGGGUCUGACUGAUCUCUGGAAACUUCAGAGUACACUCUUUACUAUCUUCUUGCUGUUAUACUUGACCAGCCUAUUGGGGAAUGCUGCUAUUUUGGUUGUCGCAAUAACUGAACCACAGCUUCACACCCCCAUGUACUUUUUCCUUGGGAAUCUUUCCUGUCUUGACAUCUUCUUUUCUACAGUAACAGUUCCAAAGAUGCUAGCUGGUUUUCUAUCAGACAUACAAACCAUUUCUUUCAAUGGCUGCAUGGCCCAGCUCCACUUUUUCCACUUCUUGGGCAGCAGCGAGGUCCUUCUCCUUGGAGUUAUGGCAUAUGACCGGUAUGUCGCUAUAUGCAACCCCUUGCGUUACGCCAUGAUCAUGAGAAAGCAGGUCUGCCUGAUGUUGGCAGCAGCCUCAUGGACCACUGGCUUUUUUCAUGCCCUGAUGCAUGCAGUGACAACCGCCCAGCUCUCCUUCUGUGGACCAAACCACAUUGAGCACUUCUUCUGUGAAAUCAAACCAUUGCUGAAAUUGGCCUGCAGUAGCACACACCUUAACCUCAUGCUGCUUAAUAUUGUUACCACUUGUAUUGCCAUGGGCCCCUUUAUCAUCACACUGCUCUCCUACCUCUACAUUAUCACUUUCCUGCUUUUCAAAGUGAAAUCCCAAAGUGGCCGGCAUAAAGCCUUCUCUACUUGUGGUUCCCACCUGAUGGUGGUGGGGUUGCUUUAUGUACCGGUGUUAUUCAACUAUAUGCUUCCCUCUGUGGGUGAUGAGUCUCAAAGAGACAUGAUGGUAACCCUCUUGUACAGUGCAGUCACUCCUGUUUUGAACCCACUUAUUUAUACACUGAGGAAUCGGGAGGUGAAAAAUGCCUUGCAGAAGACCCUAGGCAGAAGGAUUUUCACUGAACCAUAA